GACAGAAGCGACAAUAAAACCAUAGAUCCCGUUCUUCUGUCAAUGCAAGCAUUCACUGUGAUAACUACUGGAAAAGCUGAGUUCCAUUUAAGAAGAAAUGCUGAUGCAGGAUAUGAUAACUUGAGAACCUCCCCCGCCACGGGUAUACUGGUGUCUCCCGAAUAUCCAUCAAUGACUGGCACAGCCUUAGAGCAGAAGGUUACCUAUGACAAAAGGAUGAAAUUUGUAGUAAAUGGAACCGUGAAUUUGAAUGACGACGAAUUCAUUACGUUGUACUUCAAAAAUGUCAAAUCUGGGAUGAACGUAAAUGUUUACAACGUAACUUCUUCUGGAGCUGUGAGCGCUAAUGCUGUCGCUGAACAGCUACUGAUUGUACCAUCGUCAAAGCACGCUGGAGCUUUCCUGUUUAAUUACUUUACUGAAGAUACAAAUGAGCAGCAAGAUACAACGCCGUCUGAAGAACGUAAGUAUUUCUAG